GCUGGGGCGGCCCUGCCUCGCCCAGGCGGCGCAGGCCGCCUUCCUCCUGGCGCGGCCGGCGCGGCCAACUUCAGCCUGGGGGUCACGCUCGUCGGCAGGCUCGGGGUGUCCGGGCCCCGCAAGAUGGGGGCCUUGGAGCAGGGCAUGGUGUUCCUGUUCCACGGCUGCCAGGCCGCGGGGUACGGCUGCGGAGCGUGGGGGCUGCUCACCAGCGCCGCCCGCGCCGCCCGGUCGGGACGGCCAGGGGCGGCCCGGGCGGCCGUGCUGGUGGUGAUCGCGGGCGCGUUGGCGUCGGCGUCCUCGCUGCUGUCCUGCGCGCAGGUCGCCUUCAGCCCGAGGAGGCGUUCGAGCGCAUCAACUCGUACGGCGAGGGCCAGCUGCAGGCGUUCUACCUGGAGUACCUGGAUUACCUGGACGAGGCGCGGGUGAAGUGGGUCCGCUGCGGCUACCUCAGGCGCCUGGCCGAGGCCGGGUCCACCAUGGUGCGGUGCCAGGAGGUUCCCCCCAGCGAGUCUGUGCUCGGCAGCCUGGGCUUCCCGCGCGCCAGGGGUGAGCCCAAGCACCGGUACGUCGUGUCGCACCCCUGGCUGUCGAAGGAGCACCCGGACCCGACGGGGGUAAAGUUGAAGAGGUUGGUGCAACAGCUAGACCUCUUGGACGCGCCCGACAGCGGAGCGGUGUUCAUCGACUACAUGGGCCUCCCCCAGAACAACAAGCAGAACCCCGACUACAUGCGGCUGGUUCGGGAGGGCAGGCCUCCGGGGCCCGGCGAGCACCCUGCUGUCCGCACAAGGGCGGAGGAGGCGCUGUUCGAGAAGGCCCUCGGCUCCAUGGAGCUGAUGUACAGCAUGGGCAACACCCCUGUCAUCGUUCUGCCUAUGGACGACGAGGUCGCUGCGGACACGGGGUACUUCUCGCGAGGCUGGUGCUUCUUCGAGUUCGCCCUGGCGUUCAGCUUCGGCAACAUAGCGAACGCCGAAGUCCAUGCCCCGUUGUGGAAGAUGCGCAAGAGGGCUGCCGAUCUGAAACUGGACACAGUGGAUGGCUUCCAUGGGGGGUUCAAUGCGACCCACUUCACCAACAAGGGUGACCGGACAGUGGUAUUCAACCUGUUCAAGCAGACCUUGAUUAAAAGGGUGGGGCAGCGUUGACAGUUCCCUCGGCAGGAGCGAUGAUGAUCAACACCACCUCCAUCAACACGGGCCCGAUCGCUUUGAGGAGGAUGCCAGCCAGUAUGUGAGGCAGCACCCUCGGUAUCGACGAACACCUGGCCGCGCCGACAGCUCGGGUGAGCUGUAAGGCUGCACUCGUUUCAUCUGCAGCGCACCUGGCCCCGUUCGGUGAGCGUGGUCGGCCGAGGCUCUCAGAGAUAUCGGCUGAUGCCUGCAACCGAAUGCCACCGAGUACGUGCACGUUGACUACACAACUCAGGAGAAGAAACAGAUCGUGCCGUUGGUGCCACUACGGUCGGCCGUGUACCACGAGAACCGCAUCGGGAGAAGCUGGACGAGCUGGGAAAUAUCAGCUGCGAGCGCGUGACACGAAGAGUCCACCGUUGGGAUCCUGACGGGCGCACAGCCCGCAGACGCCCGUUGGCAAGAUGGGCUGACCAAGCUCCGCUGUGCUGUAGGGCACCGGGCCGCGCGCGCACGGCACGUACUCGGCGCCAUGUGCGCGGCAGAAG